AUGACCCUCAAACGCCUUCGCCCAGAUAAGAUAGGCCCGAAAGGCUCACAUUUAUUGCUUGGCUUGUGGUUCAACUCUACGCCUUGGCAUGGGAGGUGUCACCUACAAGAUUGGCAUAGCUCUUUGCAUAGGUACAUCUCGACAAACAUUAACAACCUGGGCCCUAAAAACGAAGAGAAGCGAAGGGCAGAAGAUCGGCAGGACAUUGUUGUGUCUGUGCUGCAAGCAUCAGCAACCAGGCGAGAUGCACAGGGUUAUCUGAGAAAGUACGCCCCUCUGAACAAAACUCAGAAUGCGGAACCCGGGGAGCAGCGCUCGAGGUCAUUGCCGCCAUCUGGAUGGGCGACAGAAUCGCCCGUACGGUCCAUAAGUGACGCGCCUCAGUUCAUACAAGGGAGCCGGCCUGAUUCGACUAGCUCAUUCGACGAGCCUUUUAACCUCGCCAUCGUCAAACUGCGCUUGCCGCAUAUACUAGACGGUGACGCUUUACAUGGCAUUUCAAAAACCCUUUCGCAGCUUCGCAAGCUUGGACUUGUCAGCGUCAUCGUCCUCGAUGGUGGAGCAGACAGCUCUCGAAGUCUCUAUAGACAACAAGCUCACAGGCUCCAGCAGGCACUGGAUGUCUUUGGGCCUCCAGGAGCCAAAGUUGCAGAUCAAUCUUUCGCUCCAAAGUCGACCCGUGACCACAGCUUCAUGCCCUCUAGCGUCGUGGUUCAAUUCCCACAGGUGCUCAUCAGAGCAUUGCAGAACGAGGAGGUGGUAAUAAUACCUCCGGUCAUGGUAUCUCGAGAUUUGGGGACAACAGAUGCCGUGGACGCAGAUGAUGCAAUCAUCGCACUCACCAAAUACUUUGCUGGGCUCCAGUUCAUUGACCAACAUGAAUUGGAGCCACGGUUUGGACCUUCUUCUGGUGCGGCUGCACGCAUUGCUUCUAUCGAAAGGAUCAUCGUCCUCGACCCUCUGGGCGGCACUCCGAUCGAGGGCCCGUCCGGUCCCUGCCACAGGUUCAUCAAUCUCGAACAAGAGUUUGAACCCAUCAUGAGGACGCUCAAAACAAGCGACAUACCAGGAGCAUUAUACCCGGAUCAGCUAUCAACUUCGAAUGCGAUUCACGCAAAGAACCUCAAUCUGUCCAAACGUUUGCUGACCAUGCUUCCAUCUACGUCGAGUGUGCUCAUCAGCACCCCAUCGUUGGCUGCUACUAAGACUGUCGAAUCGCUCCCCACGGUCACGACUCGAAACCGACUGAACCCUCUCAUACACAAUCUCUUGACCGAUAAGCCCGUCUUCUCAUCCUCCCUGCCGCUCGAACGCGUGCGGACUGAAAAGAGUCCAGGUCAAGGCUACAAUGAGACGCAUGUCGCGACAGUGGUCAAGCGUGGAAUGCCGCUUACCAUCUUUCCUAACCCAACGAAGGAACUCUGGCUUCCUCCAAAGCCAGGUGCAUCUCGUCUCAGACUUACGGACAAAUGCAUUGAUUUACCUCGUUUGCAACACCUGAUCGAGGAUUCAUUUGGUCGCAAGCUUGAUCUGCAGCAUUAUUUGAACCGGGUCAACGAUAAUCUCGCCGGAAUCAUCAUUGCUGGAGAGUAUGAAGGUGGGGCUAUAUUGACGUGGGAGAAACCAGCUGGCUUGGACAACAAGACUGCAUACGAGACUGGACGCUUUGUGCCUUACCUGGAUAAGUUCGCUGUCCUGAGAAGUCGGCAGGGCAGUGGAGGCGUGGCCGAUGUCGUUUUCAACGCCAUGGUCAGAGGAUGUUUCCCUGAUGGUGUUUGCUGGCGAAGCAGGAAAGACAAUCCGGUCAAUAAGUGGUACUUUGAACGAUCAUUGGGUACAUGCAAGCUCAAUGAAUCGAAUUGGACGAUGUUCUGGACAACUUCGCAGUUGUCCUUGGGAGAUCCAAAGCUCAAGGACUACCAAGAUGUUUGCUACCGAGUUGAGCCAUCAUGGGAGGAUAAGCAGCGCGCUGCUGACUGA